AAUGGACAUCUUAAAGUGCAUCUAAGGAUCCACUCAGGACAGAAACCUCAUAAAUGCCUGGAGUGUGGAAAGAGCUUCUAUCUGAAGCAUCACCUUUAUAGGCAUCUAAUGAUCCACUCGGGACAGAAAACAUUUCAGUGCCUGGAAUGUGAAAAAUCCUUCAUAAAAAACAGUUCUCUUCAAAAGCAUCUAAGAAGCCACUCAAAAGAGAAACCAUUUGAAUGCUCUGAGUGUGGAAAUAAAUUCAGUCUGUUGGGAAACCUUUACAGACAUCAAAAGAUCCACUGGGGAGAGGAACUGAAUAAAUGUCUGGAGGGCGGAGAGUCCUUUGGAAGACCUGGGAAUCCCCAAAGGAUGCAAGAGGGAGGAAAGGAAUAUCAAUGCUCUGAUUGUGAAAAAUCCUUCAAAACAAAUGGACAACUGCAAAGGCAUCUAAGCGUCCACUCAGGACAGAAAACACAUAAAUGCCUGGAAUGUGGAAAGAGUUUCAGUGAGAGGGGAUGCCUUUAUAGACAUCAGAGGAUCCACACAGGAGAAAAACCUCAUAAAUGCCUGGAAUGUGGAAAGACCUUCAGUCAGAAUAGCAGCCUUUAUAGACACCAAAGAAUCCACACAGGAGAAAAACCUCACAAAUGCCUGAAGUGUGGAAAGACCUUCAGACAUAGCACCAGCCUUUACGUACACAAAAGUAUCCACACAGGAGAGAAACCUUAUAAAUGCCUGGUGUGUGGAAAGAGCUUCAGUAUGAGUGGAAACCUUCGUAGACAUCAAAAGAUCCAUUCGAAUCAAUGCUUAAAGGGUGUAGAGUACUUCGGAACACCUGGCAGGCCCCGAAGAAUCCAGGAGGGAGGAAAGGAAUUUCAAUGCCCAGAAUGCGAAAAAUCCUUCAGAAGAAAAGACCAUCUUCAAAGCCAUUUAAGCAUCCACUCAGGAGAGAAACCACAUAAAUGCCCGAAGUGUGGAAAGAGCUUCAGACAUAGCAGCAGUCUUUACAUACACAAAAGAAUCCACACUGGAGAGAAACCUCAUAAAUGCCUGAAUUGUGGAAAGAACCUCAAUGAUGGGAGUAGCACUUGCAAACAUGAAACAAUCCAGCCUGGAGACAAACCAAAUAAAUGCCUGGAGUGUGGAAAGAGCUUCACUCAGAGGAGAAGCCUUUAUACACAUCAAAGGAUCCACACAGGGGAGAAACGUUAUAAAUGCCCAGAGUGUGGAAAGAGCUUUAGUCUGUUGCAAAACCUCUCUAGACAUCAAAAGAUCCACACAGGGGAAAAACGUUAUAAGUGCCUGGAGUGUGGAAAGUGCUUCAGACAAUCAGGAACCCUUUCUAGACAUCAAAAGAUCCACUGGAGAGAGAAAUUGAAUAAAUGCCUGGAGGGUGGAGGGUCCAUUGAAAGACCCGGGAUUCCGCAAAGGAUCCAGGAGGGAAGAAAGGAAUAUCAGUGCCCGGAAUGUGAAAAAUCCUUCAAAACAAAUUCACAUUUUCAUAGGCACCUAAGGAUCCACUCAGGACAGAAACCUCACAAAUGCCUCGAGUGUGGAAAGAGGUUCACUGAGAGGGGAAGCCUUUAUAGACAUCAAAAGAUCCACACAGGAGAGAAACCUUAUAAAUGCCUGGAGUGUGGAAAGAGCUUCAGGCGGUUGGAAAACCUUUCUACACAUCAAAAGAUCCACUGGAGAGAGAAACGGAAUAAAUGUCUGAAAAGAGUAUGGAAAGAGCUUCAAUAUGAGGUGAAACCUACAUAGACAUCAAAAGGUCCAUUUGAAUAAAUUCCUGGAGGGCGGAGAGUCCUUCAGAAGACCCGGGAGACCCCGAAGGAUACAGGAGGGAGGAAAGAGAUUUCAGUGCCCGGAAUGUGAAAAAUCCUUCAAAACAAAUGGAAAUCUUAAAAUGCAUCUAAGCAUCCACUCAAGAGAUCAAUCAAUUAAAUGCCAGGAGUGUGGAAAAAGCUUCAAUCAUAGAAGCAGCU